AUUUAAUCUUCGUACGAAUUUCACUUGUAAAUGCAAUGUGAAGUUGUACCGCUGCCAGGCAGAUCUCAAAUGAAUGCAAUGAAAGCCAGCCAUGUUUAGACUGUUGUUGUAGUUGUUGUCAUUAUUAUUAUUAUUAUUAUUAUUGUGAAAUGCUAGUAGUGAGCAGAAAAGGAGUGAGUAAAACAAAACGCCUUUACUUGAUUUGGCGAAAAACGGGCAGAUUGGACUGGAAAACGAAAUGAAAAUUCGUGGACGCGACCAUUCGAAAAACCCAUAAAAUCAUCGUAGACACGCACAAUUACGGAUAGAACAUAUUUUUAGCAUUUUUUCAUUUAUAUCAAUCGAAAUUGACACGGAUUUUCUUGUUUCAUUUACAUUGUUCAAGUGACGAAAGAGAUAGCAUAGCAAAGCGAAUAUAAUCUGUGGUGAAGGGAAUGUGUUUGUGUGUGCAAAAACACGACGAAGACAGAAAAAAAAACAAGAGAUCUUGUUAGGUGUUGUGUAUGCAUUUAUCGCCCACUUGCUACUCAAUAAAAUAAAAAUCAAAUAGAAGUAAAGCAAACAAAAGGAAUUAGCGAAAGUGGUUGUGUUCGCACUUAUACAGACGGGCGAGAUAUCGCAUUGUUUGUGUUAUUCGCACUUGUUUGCCGUUUUGGACACAGGCUGCCCAAGAUUUUGUGUGGUAUACCUGUAUAGCAAUCAAUUAAUGUGUGUGGUUUUUUCAUCUUGUAUAUCGCAAAAGCCCUGAACACUUUCGUGUUUGUGCAUGUUUUAUGAUUAACAUUUAGUGUGGUUAUCAAUUGCACGUUGAGACAACUGCAAACGACGACGAUGACAAAAAAGUCUGUUUUUAAUUACCCAUAAAUAGAGUAUAUUUUAUAUUGUGUGAAUGAAAACAUUGUUUUGAAUAAAAAAUAACUUAGUGUGCGGCUGAUUCAUUCAGGCCGAUAGUAUUGCAAUCAGAAAAAAAAAUCCGUAUCAAAGGUUCAACUUCUUAUCAAUGAGCGGACAUUUAAGAAGAGAAAAGAAGAAGAAAAAAAAUCACUGGACAACAGAAACAGAAACAAUUAUUCGCCAUAUAAACAAAGAGAAACUAAUAAAGAUAAUAAUGUACAAUAUUUCUCACAUCCAUCGCAAUACUGUUGAUUACUAACUUAAUUCUGUCACUAUGGAUCAGUGGUGGCACAUUGGGAAUCGUGUCUUAUGGUCAUUGUCAUCAAUUUAAAUGUAAUUAAAUUGUAACGAAAAUAAAGAAACGAACCAGCAAGAAAGAGUGAGAACGGGAGAAGUGUAGACAUUUUGGUGCUUGAUUCGUACGGAUAAUUUUCCGAUCUUUUGAGAAGAAUAUAAAACUCCUGUUUGAAAAAUCAAAAACCGGACCGCUUUCGGGUCUAUGUCGUGAACCAUGAAAGGGUUCCUGAAUUUAUUGUUGUUUAUAACAAUAUUCAAGUUUGUAAGCAACAGUAACAGCGGCAGGACACGAAUCAUCGAAGCCAGCGAUACAAACAAUAGCAUCGAAAGCAUUUAUACCAGUUUCAAUAAUAGCAUCAAUAGCAUUAGCAAUAAUACGAUUACGCAUAAAAAUGAAUUUGACACCGACUUAAACCAUUUAGUGGUUGAUCGUAACACUGGAAGAGUCUUCAUUGGAGGCCGAAAUCAGCUAUAUCAACUAUCGCCAGACUUGGAUAUUGUUGCGACAGCAAAAACAGGCCCUCGAAAUGAUUCCAAAGAUUGCAGUUUCAACGAAUGCACACAAAACCUAACGCGCAAACUUACCGAUAAUAUUAACAAAGUUCUACUGAUCGACUAUAGCACGAGCCGAUUAAUCACUUGCGGUUCACUAUUUCAAGGCAUUUGUUCGGUGAGAAGUCUGCAAAAUAUUUCGUCACCCGAACAAGAUAUUGCCGAAGCAAUCGUCGCUAAUAGUGAAAAUGCAUCGACAGUGGCUUUUAUUGCACCUGGUCCGCCAGCACCACCCGUUACAAAUGUGAUGUAUGUUGGCGUAACAUUUGCUGGUAAUUCUCUGUAUCGAAGUGAAAUUCCAGCAGUUGCGUCGCGUAGCUUGGAAAAGGGCCGUAUGUUUCAAUUGGCAUCGUCGGCUGUAACAACUGGAACGCGAAUGUUUAUCAAUCCAAAUUCACGUGAAUCAUAUCCCGUUAACUACGUGUAUGGCUUUAGUUCGGAGCGUUUUUCAUAUUUUCUGACCACGCAAUUGAAGCAUAAUGCGCCAAGUGUUACAAAAGAAUACAUUACGAAAUUGGUACGAAUUUGUCAAGAAGACUCGCAUUAUUAUUCAUACACAGAAAUUCCAGUCGAUUGCAUUGGCGAAGGCAUCAAAUACAAUUUAGUGCAGGCAGCUUACCUAGGCAAACCCGGUGCCGAUUUGGCAGAAAACCUUGGAAUCACACCACAAGAUGAUGUUUUAUACGCAGUUUUCUCCGAAGGCAAGGACAACAUACCAUCGAAUAAGUCAGCUCUUUGUGUAUAUUCUCUGAAAUCCAUACGACGAAAGUUCAUGCAAAACAUCAAAUCAUGUUUCAACGGCCAUGGUUCUCGUGGUUUAGACUUUAUUUUGCCAAAUAUGCCAUGCGUUUCGACCAAACUACAGACAAUCAGCGAAGACUUUUGCGGCUUAGACGUUAACUAUCCUUUGGGCGGUGAACAGGCCAUAGCUGCUGUGCCUGUUGCAACAUUCGACAAACAAUUAACGGCCGUAGCAGCAACACGAACCAGUGGUUUCACCGUUGUAUUUGUCGGCACAGUUGAUGGCCAUGUGAAAAAGGUUGUAGUGGAAUCGGGAACGUCGGCAAUCGAAUAUGCUGACAUUAAAAUACACGAAAACUCACCGGUCAACGCUGAUAUGCAUUUUGAUCUGCAAGAAUUGAAUCUCUACGUGAUGACUAAAAGUCGUGUGACCAAAGUUAAGGUGUACGAUUGCACCGUUUUCUCCAAUUGUGCCGAAUGUUUGGGUGCUAAGGAUCCAUACUGUGGCUGGUGCUCUCUAGAAAAUAAAUGCAGUCUUCGAUCAAACUGUGACGACAAUUCAAAUGAUCCACUGUUCUGGGUCACAUACAAAACCGGCAAAUGUACAACAAUCACAAGUGUUGUUCCACAUCAACUCCAAAGAACCACCGCUCGAACGCUUGAACUGACAAUCGACCAUUUGCCAUUGCUGAAAGAGAGUCUCGUGUGCGCAUUCACCACCGCCGAUAAACCGACCAUUUAUACAAACGCAACAAGAAAACGAAAUGGUGUUAACUGCACAACCCCACGUACUGAUCUUCUUCCACAAAUUGCUCCUGGCAAACAUCAUUUUACUGCCAAAUUGUCGGUGCGCACAAUGAACGGACCUGACUUGGUUUCAACAUCAUUCACAUUCUUCGACUGUUCGACGCAUUUAUCCUGUACGCAAUGUGUGUCAUCACAAUUUCCGUGCGAUUGGUGUGUCGAAGCGCAUCGCUGCACGCAUGAUACAGCCGAAAAUUGUCGAAAUGAUAUUUUAGUGACCGGUGUUAGUAGAAUUGGUCCAAGUUAUCGAUCGGGUCCUAGUUUUUGUCCGACAAUCAAUGCAACUGGUGAUGGAAGUGAAAUUUUGGUAGCAUCUGGUGCAAAGAAAUCCAUUAAAGUUAAAGUGCAUAUCAUCGGACAAUUUAUUGUUCAAACUCGAUUCGUGUGCCAGUUCAAUAUUGAAGGGCGAGUGACUAGCGUGAAUGCGCAAUUAUUGGGUGACACGAUCUACUGUGAUCCCAUGGAAUUCGUGUACACAUCAAAAUCACCAAAUCUAACUGCAACAUUUGCUGUUAUAUGGGGCGGAUCAAAGCCGCUUGACAAUCCAGAUAACAUUCAUGUGGUGAUUUAUCGCUGCCGCGAUAUGUGUGACAGUUGUGGGACGUGUCUUGCAUUGCCGGAAAAGUACAAUUGCGGUUGGUGUCAGUCGACGUCAACAUGUGAAGUAACUGACCAAUGUUCGAUCGGUGACGAAAAGAAAAAUGACUGGCUCAAUCGAUCGCAAACGUGUCCAAAUCCAAAAAUCUUCUCCUUCAGCCCGGCCACUGGUCCAUAUGAAGGCGGUACCAAUGUUACGAUUCGUGGCAUAAAUUUGGGCAAAAAUUUCCUCGACAUCUAUUCAGGCGUUAAAGUUGCUGGCAUGAGUUGUAUGCCAUUCCAGAAUCUGUAUGUAGACACAAAGAAAAUUGUGUGUACAGUCGAUGGACCGGGCGAUUUUAAAAAUCGUCAAGGAAAAAUUGUCGUUCAAAUUGGUGAUUAUCGUGGCGAAUCAACAACCGAUUUCCAAUUUGUUGAUCCAUCAAUUGACGAUUUCAUUCCGAAAUUCGGACCCGUUUCGGGUGGCACUCAAGUUACAAUAACCGGCAACUAUCUGAAUGCAGGCAGCUUGAUAAAAGCUUACAUCGGUGAAAUGCCAUGCGUAAUUUUGAGUGUUGACGAGAAUCAAGCACUAUGCCGAACCAGUUCAUCAACGGAAAAACGCUCUGGCAAACUGCGAAUGGAAUUCGAUCGAGCUUCUCGCGAAUGUGAUGUUGGAUUAUUCCAAUUCGAAGACGAUCCGACAAUCAUCACAGCAACAUCGGGCCUAUUGGGUCAGAAGACACCAAAGGGUAUUCCAGCCGGUGGUAUCAAAAUCUUUGUACACGGAAAUAAUUUGAAAAUCAUACAAAAACCGCAAAUGUACGUGUAUUAUGAUGACAAAACGUUCAUCGCACAUUGCACGGCAUUGAGUAACACUGAAAUGGAAUGCGAUUCACCAGUCAUCGAUGCUGAUAGUGAGAAGUUAAAUGCAGACGAUCCGGCCAAACUGGAAUUCGGUUUCAUGAUGGAUGACGUGGCCAGCGUACAGAAUUUAUCGAGCAAAGGACACCAAAAGUUUGAACUUUUUCCGAAUCCAUGGUAUGCACCAUUCGAUGAGGAUGUUAAGUAUUUCAAGAGCGAAUAUUUAACCAUCAAUGGACGCAACUUGGAUCGUGCCAGCAAAGAAACCGAUGUGGUUGUUCUGAUUGGAGAAGGAGUGUGUAAUAUAACAUCGCUUUCACGACAACAGCUAACAUGCCGACCACCAACCGAUGUCUCUGAUUCAAAUGAAAAUCCAAAAGUUAUAGUCAAAGUUGGUCAAUCGCUCUCAUUCGAUAUUGGUGUUCUCAGUUUUGCCUCGCCAACAUUCAUGAAUGGUUUGAGCAGGAAUGCUAUGGCCACUGCUGUUGCAUGCAUUGUCGUUCUCUUGCUCGUUUUCAUAAGUUUGGUGAUUGCAUAUCGGAAGAAGACAAGCGAAAGCAAUCGUGUGCUUAAAAAUAUGCAAGAGCAAAUGGAUAUCUUGGAAUUGCAAGUGGCAGCUGAGUGUAAGGAGGCAUUCGCUGAAUUGCAAACCGAAAUGGGUGACAUGACGGGAGAUUUGACGAGUGGUGGUAUACCAUUCUUGGAUUAUCGAACGUAUGCCAUGAAAAUUCUGUUUCCAAAUAACGAAGAUCAUGUGGUGCUGCAAUGGGAACGGCCGGAAUUGCUGAAGAAAGAAAAGGGUCUACGACUCUUUGGCCAACUGAUAAUGAACAAGACGUUCUUGCUGUUGUUCAUUCGAACACUGGAAAGUAAUCGGUAUUUCUCGAUGAGAGAACGAGUGAAUGUUGCAUCACUCAUAAUGGUCACAUUGCAAAGUAAACUUGAAUAUUGCACCGAUAUAUUGAAAACGCUGCUAGCCGAACUGAUUGAGAAGUGCAUCGAUGGCAAAAGUCACCCAAAACUUUUGCUGCGACGAACGGAGAGUGUGGCUGAGAAGAUGUUGAGCGCAUGGUUUACAUUUUUGCUGCACAAAUUUUUGCGUGAAUGUGCUGGCGAACCGCUGUACAUGCUGUUCAGAGCGGUAAAAGGUCAGAUGGACAAGGGUCCAGUCGAUGCGAUAACGCACGAAGCACGAUACUCCCUCAGCGAAGAGAAAUUGAUUCGUCAGCUAAUUGAUUUUAAAUGUAUGGCGGUCUAUGCAAGCAUUACACAGCAGCCAAUUUUAUGCACAAACAAUAUUGAAAUGUUGCCAACGAAUACGGAAAAUGUUCCUGUUCGCGUUCUCGACUGUGAUACAAUCGGUCAAGUCAAGGAGAAAUGCUUGGAGACGAUCUACCGUAGCACACCAUGGAGCCAGCGGCCACGGCGUGACGAUUUAGAUUUGGAAUGGCGAACUGGUGCUUCGGGUCGAGUGAUUUUAUACGACGAAGAUUCCACAUCGAAAAUGGACAGCGAAUGGAAAAAACUCAACACACUUCAUCAUUAUCGUGUGCCAGACGGUGCAUGCUUGAGCUUAGUAUCACGACAAAGUCCCAUUUACAAUUUGUCGAUGUUAUCCGAUAAAAAUGACAAAUCACAUAAAUAUGAAACACUAAAUCUAUCGAAAUACCCAUCGUCAAGUCCACCGUUUAGUCGAGCUGGUAGCCCGCUCAAUGCAGACGUUCAAGAGAACGGUUUAAGAUAUUGGCAUUUGGUGAAGCAUCACGAUAUCGAUUUGCAAAAGGAAGGUGAACGCGUCAAUAAAAUGGUAUCGGAAAUUUAUCUGACACGUUUGCUGGCUACCAAGGGCACGUUGCAAAAAUUCGUAGAUGAUUUAUUCGAGACCAUAUUCAGUACGGCUCAUCGAGGUUCGGCACUGCCAUUAGCUAUAAAAUAUAUGUUUGAUUUCCUGGAUGAUCAAGCAUUACUCCACGGUAUUACUGAUCCAGAGGUUGUGCACACAUGGAAAAGCAAUAGUUUACCAUUAAGAUUUUGGGUUAAUUUAAUAAAAAAUCCAAAUUUCGUUUUUGACAUACAUAAAUCGAAUAUUGUCGAUUCAUGUCUAUCGGUUGUUGCUCAAACAUUUAUGGAUUCAUGUUCGACAUCGGAUCAUCGAUUAGGAAAAGAUUCGCCGAGUUCAAAAUUAUUGUAUGCUAAGGACAUUCCAUCGUAUCGUCAAUGGGUUGAACGGUACUACGCUGAUAUUCGAGAGAUGCAAGCAAUCAGUGAUCAGGAUAUGAACGCAAUGCUUGCCGAAGAGUCACGUCUGCACACCACUGAGUUUAAUACGAAUUGUGCCCUCCACGAACUCUACACAUAUGCUGUGAAAUACAACGAGCAACUAACUGUAACGCUAGAAGAGGAUGAAUUCUCGCAGAAGCAACGUCUCGCCUACAAACUGGAACAAGUUCAUAACAUCAUGUCGUCUGAAUAGUGUGACAUUGAAUGGCACAUGAACCACGAUUACGGCCACCGCAUGGAUCAUUUGUUGCCAGAGACGAUAGUGUAAAACAGUGGAAAACCUAAAGAAAGGGGAUAAAAAAAAAUGGUUUAUUUGUAAAAUAUUAAUUAAACAGUGAGAACCGAAUGAUAUCUAUUUGUGUGGAAUUCCCAUUCCGAAGCGUGAACAGAAAGAAAGUAAAAGGAAAAGAAAAAAAAAAGAACUCGAAACAUAUUCCGCAUUUAAUUGUGUUUACUACGUUUGUAGGUUUAAUAUUUCUAAUUUCAUUUUUUUAAUGUUUUGUUUUCAUUCUUUUUUUUUUUUUAGUUUAGAUAAUGAACAAACAAACAAAAAAAUGAAAUGAUUGAAUAGAACCACUCGAUUAUUAUAUACAUAAAUCAAUGAUUAAAUUGUAUAGAAAAUAAUUUUUUUACAAUAAUUAUAUAGUUUAAUAUGUGUAUUGUGUAUGCUUUAUAAAAAAACACAAAUGAAACUAAUGUUUGAACCUAAUAAGAACUAAACA